CUCUCUGUCCCCCAGUCUUGUCCCACAGCGCCAGCUUCAACCUCUCUCUCUCUCUCUCUCUCUCUCUCACUCUCUCCUUUUUCCCUCCUCAAAAGCCAUUCCUACUGUUUCACUUCUCAUACCUUUGCCACCAUUCUUGAAGACAUCCAUGUCGGUUCUCUUUCAUUCACCUUCUCCACCUUCACCAAACUCCCAAGCAUGAUGAUUUGAAGUUCCAGCUCAAAAAGAUCCAAUCUUGAUCGCAAACGAGCAAGAAAGACUCCACCUUUGCAAUGUCUAACUACGGGUCGCCAUUCCUCACCGACGAGCUCUCGAAGCGCACCGUCGUGUUCGGGCUUCACAUGUGGGUCGUCGUCGGCAUCGGCAUCGGCGCUGCUUUCGUCCUCGUCCUCUUCCUCAUCUCCCUUUGGUUCACCUCCAAACGCUCCACCAACCACCAUCAUCUCAAGACCUCCACCUCCAUCCCUAACACCUGCAAAGAGAUCCCCGAGGUCCGCAUUGAUCCUUACCCUAAUCCCUCUUCUCAUCCCCAAUCAAUCCCCGUCCCACGUCCUGAACCAAAUCCCAGCUCCGUCUCCACCGAGCGCCGCGCUCUCCUCAACCCUUCCGGUGAGGAAAGCCCUAAUUCGCAUCAAAGGUUCCACAUUUCCUCCGGUAAAGGGAGAAGUGGAGAUCAGCAAGCCAUUGUUGUUGCUCCUGAAGUUUCUCACUUGGGUUGGGGCCAUUGGUACACUCUCCGAGAGCUUGAGGCCGCGACCAACAUGUUCUCUCCGGAGAAUGUCAUUGGUGAGGGUGGGUAUGGCAUUGUUUACCAUGGUGUUCUGCAGGACAACACUCAUGUUGCCAUUAAGAACUUGCUAAAUAACAGAGGGCAAGCUGAGAGGGAAUUCAAGGUAGAAGUUGAUGCCAUUGGCCGAGUUCGGCAUAAGAAUUUAGUUAGAUUGCUUGGUUAUUGUGCAGAAGGUGCUCACAGGAUGCUUGUUUAUGAGUAUGUUGAUAAUGGGAACAUGGACCAAUGGCUUCAUGGGGAUGUCGGUCCAUGUAGUCCUCUUACAUGGGAGAUUAGGAUGAACAUAAUUCUCGGAAUAGCAAAAGGAUUGAUGUACUUGCAUGAGGCUCUUGAACCGAAAGUUGUUCACAGGGAUAUUAAAUCUAGCAACAUAUUGCUUGACAAACACUGGAAUGCAAAGGUCUCUGACUUUGGGCUUGCCAAGCUCUUAGGUGCGGAGAGUAACUAUGUUACGACUCGUGUGAUGGGAACUUUCGGUUAUGUAGCUCCUGAGUAUGCUAGUUCUGGGAUGUUGAAUGAGAGAAGUGAUGUUUAUAGCUUUGGGAUACUUAUCAUGGAGAUAAUCUCUGGUAGAAACCCAGUCGAUUACAGUAGACCUGUAGGCGAGGUUAAUUUAGUUGAGUGGCUUAAAUCUAUGGUGAGCAGUCGUAACGCUGAAGGAGUAUUGGAUCCCAGGAUCCAAGAAAAGCCUUCUUCAAGGUCACUGAAAAGAACUCUUUUAGUAGCACUUAAAUGUGUGGAUCCAGACUCAUUGAAACGGCCAAAGAUGGGGCAUGUAGUGCACAUGCUUGAAGUUGAUGAUUUCGCAUUUAACCGUGAUGACCGUCGAGGUGUAAAGGAUCUUGGUAGACCAAACAGUGGAGAUUUUUCACCAAAACUAGAAAAGAAGCCAUUGAAUGAACCCGACAGUGGAGAUUUUUCCACCAAAACCAGUAAAGAAGCCAUUGAAUGAACCCGAUAAUAUUAUUGUUAAAGCACAACAACCUACUUGAAUAUGCUUGCAAGUGGAUAAAACAGUGAAAAAGAAGGAGAUCAUUACCUGAUAUUCAAUGAGUUUUGAAUGGUCUUCCCAUUUCAUAUAUAUUCCAGGAUCAUCAAUGUUCACAUCUUCUUUCAAUGCUGAAUUUGCACAACCACAUUAUGGUACUUUUUUGUAUACUUUGCUUUUACCUAUACUUAAUAGCAAUGUAUCGUAUCAUAGGUUUCUUGUAUCACAAUGAAAUUUAAAUUAUCAUUAGAUAUGACUUUCAAUCUGUUUUUA